AUGUAUAAAUACGCAGAUUCGGUCGCGCUUACAUUCUCGUUCUCGAUUAUUGAUUUCUGCAGUACUUCAUAGAGAAAGAACACUUUUAAAAAAUAAACCCAAAAUUUAAAACCCUAACACAAUCCAUUGGAAUCAUGGGAUACGGCGAAAAAGGAGGACGACCCCCGUUCAAAAAGCUCAAGGCUUCCACUAAAUUCCAGGAAGAUCCCCAAAAAGGAAUCGCCUACGAUGACGAUGGUUAUGGCGGCGAAGAUGCGUACGACGAUGACGAUGGUAAAACCAAGGAUUUUAGCAAAUUAGAGCUGAAACCGGAUCACCCCAAUCGCCCUCUGUGGGCCUGUGGCAAUGGCCGCAUAUUCCUCGAGACUUUCUCCCCUUUAUACAAGCAUGCUUAUGAUUUUCUUAUCGCCAUCGCCGAGCCUGUUUGCAGGCCGGAGUCUAUGCACGAAUACAACCUUACUCCACACUCGCUGUAUGCGGCUGUUUCGGUUGGUCUGGAAACAGAAACAGUCAUAAGUGUUUUGAACAAGUUAUCCAAGACCAAGCUUCCCAAAGAGAUGGUUAAAUUUAUACAUGAUUCUACUGCAAAUUAUGGCAAAGUGAAACUCGUGCUCAAAAAGAAUCGAUACUUUAUUGAAUCCCCGUUUCCGGAGGUAUUGAAGACAUUGCUCCGGGAUGAAACUAUAUCUCGAUCAAGGAUUAUUUCUGAGAAUGUAAAUGGAGAUGGAUUUACAAUCAGCAAAGCAGCAGGUGAAAUUGAAGGCACUCAUGAUGAGUUGCUAAAUGAAGCAGAAGUGGCAGCGGUUGCAGAAGAGAAAGAAGCCCAUUCAUUUGAAAUUGAUCCUUCUCAGGUUGAAAAUGUAAAGCAACGUUGCUUGCCAAAUGCCUUAAAUUAUCCCAUGUUGGAGGAGUAUGACUUCAGAAAUGACACGGUGAACCCAGACCUUGACAUGGAACUAAAGCCUCAAGCACAACCACGGCCAUAUCAAGAGAAGAGCCUUAGUAAAAUGUUUGGAAAUGGUAGAGCAAGAUCUGGUAUAAUAGUUCUACCCUGUGGUGCUGGUAAGUCCUUAGUUGGUGUUUCUGCAGCUUGCCGGAUAAAAAAAAGCUGCCUCUGUUUGGCAACAAAUGCUGUUUCUGUAGAUCAGUGGGCUUUCCAAUUUAAACUAUGGUCAACUAUCCGAGAAGAACAAAUAUGUCGUUUCACGUCUGAUAGCAAAGAGAGAUUCCGUGGUAAUGCUGGAGUUGUUGUGACGACAUAUAAUAUGGUUGCUUUUGGUGGUAAACGGUCUGAAGAAUCUGAAAAAAUCAUUGAAGAAAUAAGAAACAGAGAAUGGGGAUUGCUCCUCAUGGAUGAGGUGCAUGUGGUUCCGGCCCAUAUGUUUCGUAAAGUCAUCAGUAUCACUAAAUCUCAUUGUAAACUUGGGCUCACAGCUACACUUGUCAGAGAGGACGAAAGGAUUACAGAUCUGAACUUCCUGAUUGGUCCCAAGCUGUAUGAGGCAAAUUGGUUAGAUCUAGUAAAAGGUGGAUUUAUUGCAAAUGUACAGUGUGCUGAAGUAUGGUGUCCGAUGACAAAAGAGUUUUUUGCCGAGUAUUUGAAGAAAGAGAACUCCAAGAAGAGGCAGGCACUUUACGUGAUGAAUCCUAAUAAGUUCAGAGCAUGUGAGUUUCUCAUAAAUUUCCAUGAAAGGACACGUGGUGAUAAAAUUAUAGUCUUUGCUGAUAAUCUGUUUGCUCUCACUGAGUAUGCUAUGAAACUCCGUAAACCAAUGAUAUAUGGUGCUACAAGUCAUGUUGAGAGGACAAAAAUUUUGCAAGCAUUCAAAACUAGCAAAGAUAUAAAUACUAUAUUUCUUUCCAAGGUGGGUGACAACUCAAUUGAUAUUCCUGAAGCAAACGUAAUAAUUCAGAUCUCUUCACAUGCUGGUUCAAGGCGACAAGAAGCCCAGCGUCUGGGUCGUAUUCUUAGGGCCAAGGGAAAGCUUGAGGAUAGGAUGGCAGGGGGCAAGGAGGAGUAUAAUGCAUUUUUUUAUUCCCUUGUUUCAAUUGAUACCCAGGAGAUGUAUUACUCAACUAAGAGACAGCAAUUUUUAAUUGAUCAGGGUUACAGCUUUAAGGUAAUUACUAGCUUGCCUCCUCCCGAUGAAGGGCCUAAUUUGAGCUAUCAUCGUCUUGAGGAUCAAUUGGCACUUCUUGGAAAGGUGUUGAGUGCUGGUGACGAUCAAGUUGGAUUAGAGCAACUAGAUGAAGAUGCAGAUGAAAUAGCCCUUCAGAGUGCCCGUCGUUCUCAAGGAUCCAUGAGUGCAAUGUCAGGCGCAAAAGGGAUGGUUUAUAUGGAGUACAGUACUGGGCGUAACAAAGGCCAAGGACAGAUCAAGAGCAAGCCGAAAGAUCCAGCGAAGAGACAUUUCUUGUUUAAAAGAAGAUAUGGCGCAACCUAAAUGGUGCACACCUGCUCUGCGAAUAGAAACGAGCACCUAUGUGGCGGCUUUGUAAUGGUACAAUACGAAAGUAAUCAAGUAUGCAGGAUUUACAGCCUUACUUGACACAAUGCUGGUUGCCUUUUUCAUAAAAAAAAAAAAGGAGACUUGUAUACACUGAAAUCAUUGGAUGCUUCGAAAAGCAGGCAUAAUGCUUAUUUUUCAACUGUUCACUUUAUGGAGAUGUGGUCAAACAGGUUAUUUUUUCCUUCAUGUGAACAAAGAGGCAACCAAGGCUAUAUUAUACAGCCUUCGAAAAGGCAAAUUUGUUUACACCCUUGUCUCAACUCAACAACGGUUUUUUAUCCGGCACCAAUUUGUUGAGGCGUGUGACUUUACUUUUUCCUCGUCAUAGAUGUGUAGUUAUUUUUUCCUGGUUGUUACAGAUGUUUGACUUUUUUUCUUCAAACUUCAAAGAAUCAAUUACUGAAAAUGUCCA